AUGAACGAUGUCAAAACAGCGAAUAUGGAUUUUGUGAAGUGUAUUAGUCCUGAUGAGGUGAUUCUGGAGAGGCCAGCAACAAAAGCUGCGAUGAGCAGCAGACAAAUCAAACAGCUCACCGAAAUUAUAUCCUUGCGGCUCUUCUUCGGCAACGCAGCAGCGAUAGUAGAGGGGAAUUCCGAACUUGGCUGGGACUUGGAGAUGUCUGCAAUCUCGUCAAACUCAGGAGGAGAUGGCGGUGCAUCUCGCGAUUCUGGACAUAAUCAACCUCCGAGACGGCUUUUCGACGGUAAUGCAUCAGACUCUGAUGGUUCUUCCGACGAUCGUGUACUGUUAGAUACUGAGAACACAAAUCGAGGUGGAUGUCUGAAACCAGAUCGGGCACGUGACGAUCAGCCAGGCUCGAGCAGAGGAAGAGCUCCGCAACAGGUACGAUCACUUACAUCAUUCAAUGUUUAG